UCCCCGCAUUGGAGGUCUUGACAUGACUUUACAGCUUCAAACCCAAGCUCGACUCUUUGACCUGCACUGUUCUGUAGGUUUAACAGACUGGGACAUGGACAAAGAGAUGAAACUGGCAACAACCACUGACCAGUUUUACCAUGACGACAAACUUAGUGAUCAAUAUGUUGUUCAGAGACCUUCAGCGAGAGCCUCCAGGAGAAAAGAUGAGUUCAUUUGGUAUGAUAAAACAUCAGACACCUUUGUGAAGCCAAACCUGUGGCUCCUGGUCAAUCCGAACAUCGCCUGUCCUAUAGUCUACGGAGAACCCGAGGCAGAUACGGACCAAAUCCUAGACCUUGCAGAGCCGAUUCAAAAUCCAACGACUCGGGAUUCACCGGCCACAAAUGUCAACAUGUUCUCCUCCAAAGACCAAAUGCUGCAUGUUCUCUCCUCCUCCACUGACUACAUGAUAAAGGAUGAAGUAGCCUCUUGCCAGACCACAUACAGCAGACCCAAGGGGAGACCCUCAAAAGCAAGGGACAAUAAGACAGUAAAGGCGGGAUGUUGGCCUCGUCCACCAGUAAAUUACUGCACCCUCAUCGCUCUAGCGCUUAGGAGCAGCCACACUGGGUGCCUCAAAGUGCAGCAGAUUUACAACUUUACCAGAGAGCACUUCCCGUUCUUUCAGACAGCUCCUGGUGGCUGGAAGAACACAAUUCGACACAACCUCUGCUUCAACAACAGCUUCCACAAAACCUGCAAUCAGAUGUCCAGAGAUGGUAAAAGGAAGUCCUGCUUUUGGCACCUGACUCUGGAUGGCCAUCGCCGACUGAAGGAUGAGAUCCGCAUGUUGACGAGAGAAACUUUGAAGCAGUUGGAGAGGAGCAUGUCUUGUCCAGAUAUAAUUGGACAACUGCUUGCAAUGUGAUUUUCAAUUGUCCAAAUGGAAGAAUACGUGGCUGCACCUUGAAAUUUAAUUUUCCCGUAUGUUAUGAUAAAUAU